AUGUCCAGUUCUGAUUACACCGGGGUUCCUAUGUCCAUAUUUAAAGCCAGCAACUGCAAUUCAAGUCUCUCCUCUCAUCAAUUGAUUACAUUUGAUGAGGUCCAAGAUACUGUUUUUCAUCUUAAAUCUGUGACUUUAUCUCAUCGAAGUUCCCAGUGCCAGGGUAGAAGCAACCGUCUUCAAGUUUUUACAUUCCAAAAAAUCUUAGAGGCUGGUAUUAAAGGAACUUCAGAAUCACUUAAAGGUGUGAAACGGAAAAAGAUUGUAGCUGAAAAUCAUCUGAAAAAAAUACCAAAAUCUCCACUGAGAAAUCCUCUUCAGGCAAAACACAAACAAAAUACAGAAGAAUCAUCUUUUACUGUUCUUCAGAGUGCUUCAGAGCCUCACAAGAAGCAGAAUCACAGUCCUGUAAAAAAUGGGAAGCAAUUUACCAGACAAAAUGGAGAAACACCAAGGAUAAUUACUGAGGCUGCUAAGAUCGAAGACUCAGUCUCCCCCAAGAAGCCCUUGAUUUUUCAGCACCCAUCUGAACUGCGGAGGUGGAGAUCUGAAGGCUCUGACCCUGACAAGUUAAAUCACCUAGAUGGAAGAUGUGAGCCUAGUUCUUUAUCCAGUAAAACCAGGACUGACCACAGUGAAUGUAUCUCCUCUAAUGGUAGUACUGGUUCCUCCGCAUUUGAUGUCUUACUGAAAGCGAUGGAGCCAGAACUGAGCACCUUAUCACAAAAGAGCUCAUCUUGUGCAGUUAAGAUAGAAAAACUGAGACCAAAUAAAACUGCACGAUCCCCUUCUCAAUUAAAAAUCAGCUCGAUGGAUACUCCCAAUCAGACUUCACAAGAAUUUGUUGCUGAAUCACAGUCUUCUUGUACCUCAUACACAGUACAUGCUUCUGCUGCUCAGACGAAUGAGCCAGUAGCAGUGCAGGCUAUUUCUCAUUCAUAUAAUCAACAGGAACACUUUGUUUCUAACUCUCACCAACUUAAUCAACAGCUUCCAGUAUGUUCAGGUUUCACAGGAUCACUGAAAAAUCUGCAAAAUCAAGAAAAUGCCAAGCUUGAACAAGUUUAUAAUGUAGUAGUUACAUCAUCUAUAGGUCUGACUUCACCUUCCAGUAGAACUCAGGUUACUCCUCAAAAUCAGCAAGUGGAUUCUGCUUCACCUAUGUCAAUAAGUCCAACUCAUUCUACACAGUCAGCCCCCAUGACAGUUUAUAAUUCAGCUCCUAUAGCCUCUGUUGUUAAUCACAGUGUAGAACAAAUGUGCAAUCUUCUUCUGAAAGAUCAGAAGCCAAAAAAACAAGGAAAGUAUAUUUGUGAGUAUUGCAAUAGAGCUUGUGCAAAGCCUAGUGUGCUUUUAAAGCAUAUUCGUUCCCACACUGGAGAGCGACCUUAUCCUUGUGUGACCUGUGGAUUUUCAUUUAAGACUAAAAGUAAUCUAUACAAGCACAAAAAAUCCCAUGCACAUACUAUCAAAUUGGGUCUUGUCUUGCAACCUGAUGCUGGUGGUUUGUUCUUGUCACAUGAGUCCCCAAAAGCACUUAGCAUCCACUCGGAUGUAGAAGACAGUGGGGAAAGUGAUGAGGAGGGCACUGUUGAUGAAAGACAGAAUGGUUCAGGCUCCAUGGAACUGCAGCCUGUGCAAAUAAUGAAAAUAAUAGCAAAUUCUGAAGCUUUAUCAAAAUCAGGUCCCAUUCCAAGCAAUCCAGACCAUACUGUAGGUACCUUUUCACUUCCAGACAAAUCUUCAGAAUCACAAACUAUGACAGAGUUACCAAAAGUUGUGGUACACCCUGUCAACAUUUCCCCUUUAAGAGUUGAGAGCCCAAAGGUUGCGGAUUCUAAGCCUGACCUUCCUAGUACACAGAAACAGAAGGACCUUCAGGUAACUAAUAUAUUGUCACAUCCACCCUGGGUAUCCUCCCUAGAGACUAAUACGAAGUCUUGUCCAAAAGGGGACAUGAAUCAUCCAGAAGGAAAGCAAGAAUCUCAUAUAGGUACUGUGCAUGCCCAGUUGCAAAGGCAGCAGGCUACAGAUUACUCCCAAGAGCAACAAGGAAAACUUCUGAGUCCUCGAAGUUUAGGAAGUACAGAUUCUGGUUAUUUUUCACGUUCUGAAAGUGCCGAUCAAACAGUGAGUCCACCAAUUUCCUUUGCAAGAACUUUACCCACCACAGAACAGGACUCAAAUAAGAAUAUCACACCCUCUGCACUUCGUAUCAACACACCAGCACCUUCUACUUUACCAGCAGGUGAAAAAGCAUUGCAGCCCGGUCAGAUGCGCCCACCUUUGGCAACAAAAACACUUGAAGAAAGAAUUUCAAAACUGAUUUCUGAUAAUGAAGCUUUGGUAGAUGAUAAGCAACUGGACAGUGUAAAGCCAAGAAGAACCUCUCUCUCACGUCGAGGUAGUAUUGAUUCCCCCAAAUCAUACAUAUUUAAGGAUUCUUUUCAGUUUGAUUUAAAACCAAUGGGACGGAGAACAAGUUCAAGCUCUGAUAUACCAAAGUCACCUUUCACCCCUACUGAAAAAUCAAAGCAAGUGUUUCUUCUGUCUGUACCAUCCCUUGACUGUUUACCUAUUACAAGAAGUAAUUCUAUGCCUACCACAGGUUAUUCUGCAGUACCUGCAAACAUAAUACCUCCAUCUCAUCCACUGAGAGGAAGUCAGUCAUUUGAUGACAAAAUUGGAGCUUUCUAUGAUGAUGUCUUUAUAUCAGGGCCUAACACUUCUGUGCCCCAAAGUGGACAUCCCCGCCCCCUUGUCAGACAAGCAGCUGUAGAAGACUCUUCAGCAAAUGAAAAUCAUGUUCUUGGUCCUGGGCAGUCUUUGGAUGAGAGCUAUCAGGGAUGUAGCGCCACUAGUGAAACUUUAUCAGCAAGGAGCAAGUCAUUGACACCAGGCUCACAUUUAGAAAAGAAGAAGUCUCAUCAAGGGCGUGGGACAAUGUUUGAGUGUGAAACCUGUAGAAACAGGUAUAGAAAAUUGGAAAAUUUUGAAAACCAUAAGAAAUUUUACUGUUCAGAGUUACAUGGACCAAAAACAAAGGUAGCUAUGAGAGAACCUGAACAUAGCCCUGUGCCUAGCAGUACACAACCUCAGAUUCUGCAUUACCGAGUUGCUGGCUCCACUGGGGCCUGGGAGCAGACAUCCCAGAUAAGAAAAAGAAGGAAAAUGAAAAGUGUUGGAGAUGAUGAUGAACUUCAGCAAAAUGAAAGUGGAGCUUCUCCAAAAAGCUAUGAAGGCCCUCAAUUUCAGAAUACUCUGAGUUCGGCUUCCAGUUUCUCUAAACAUAAUGUCCCCAUAACACGAGACCAACAGCACAGAAAUAUCCAGUUGCAAAACUCCCAGGUUCAGCAUGUUGCCAGAGUCCCUGACCAGACUGUAGAUCCAAAACUGUCCACCAUCAUGGAACAACAGAUAAACUCAGCUGCCCCAGACAAGAUAGAGUUGAAGAGACAUGGGAUUUCAGUCAUUCAGCACACCAACUCACUGAGCAGACCCAGUUCAUUUGAUAAGCUUGAGUCUCUUGAAAGGGGUUCCCCAGUUUCUUUCCAAGAGCUGAAUAGAACAGUCAAGCCUGGGUCUCUGAAAGUGAUAGGAAUUUCCCAGGAGGGAGGUCUCCCUCCUCAAAACACCCCUCAUCCUCACCAAACUGCACUAGCAAAUGCUCAGGAAGGUUCUAGAAAGACUUCAAGUGAACGACACAUGUUAGGACAGCCUUCUAGGCUUGUUCGGCAGCACAACAUCCAAGUCCCAGAAAUUCUCGUCACAGAAGAACCAGAUCGGGACCUUGAAAGCCAAGGUCAUGAUCAAGAAAAGUCAGAGAAAUUCAGCUGGCCCCAGCGCAGUGAGACCUUGUCAAAACUGCCAACAGAGAAACUGCCACCCAAAAAGAAAAGGCUCCGUCUUGCUGAGAUAGAAAAUUCUUCGACUGAAUCAAGUUUUGAUUCUACUCUUUCCAGGAGUCUAAGCAGGGAGAGUAGUUUGUCACGUACUUCGAGUUUCUCAGCUUCAUUAGACAUAGAAGACAUUUCUAAAUCUGAGGCUUCCCCCAAAAUUGAUUUUCUAAAUAAAGCAGAGUUUAUCAUGAUGCCAGCAGGUUCUAAUACUCUUAAUGUUCCCGGAACUCACCGAGAAAUGAGGCGUGCCGCAUCAGAACAGAUUAAUUACAUGCAAACAUCAAUGGAUGUCACUGAUUUCAGAAGUAAGUCAUUCGACUGUGGAAGCAUAACCCCACCCCACACGAGGCCCCUUGUUGAGCCACAGCCUCCAGCUGCCCCUUCUGCCGUGAGUGUCACCACGCAUGUACCUCUCUUGGAAAGGAGGAGAGGGCCAUUGAUUCGGCAGAUAUCUUUAAAUAUCGCUCCAGAUACUCAUCUGUCGCCUGUGAACCCCUCAUCUUUCCAAACUGUUACUCUCCCAGUAGUGAAUGGGGCACCAUUUCAGGGACCUCAGCCCACUAGUACAUCUUUAACUGAACUUCCUGAAAAUGCUUUACACUCCCAGAUUCAAGUGAAAGAUCUGCAGGCAGAAACUUCAAACCACAGCUCUGCUAACAUCUUUCCUGUCCAACAGUGUUUUCAUUUGUUAAAUGAGAUCCACAUACCUGUUAGCCACCAAAAUGCACAGAUGUCUCGGCAAGUGUGUACACAGCGUGUCAAACCAGAGGAAAGUCCCAGUUUACAUGUGUCUUCUAACAAUGAGGACUGUUUUGCUCCCAAGUACCAACUUCAGUGUCAGGUUUUCACUUCAAGCCAGUCUUGCUCUUCUAAGCCUGCACAUGCUUUGCCAAAAGAUGUUCUUUCAGAUCCAGUUCAGGCUGAUCAUCUUGGGACUCCAUUGGCACUACCAACCAAAUUAGUGGAUGCCAUGUCGAAUACACAUCCUUUGCCACCUCUGACGCUCGGGCCACUCAGUGGUCAGACGUCGUCAUUUAUACCGCCUGUGCGUCGGCAAGGUAAUGUCCCAGCUUACUGUUUUGCCACAGACACAUCUCUACCACAAAUUCUAGUGACUCAAGAUCUGUCCAGCCAGCCACUUUGCCAGGCUUCUUGUAGUGUAGUGCCAGUUGGUGAAGAACAAAAUUCUGUGCCAAAAUCACAAAAAGAUUACCAGAAUGCUUUGCCAAAUCCAGAGGAAGUGCUUGUUUGUGAAAAUGUUUUCUCAGAUACAGGCUCAAAUUCUCUAUCAAAACCCUUUCCCGUAACUCAAAAAAUGUCUAUUGGUAGACUUUCCCCCCAACAAGAAUCUUCAGCUUCAAGUAAAAGGAUGCUUUCCCCAGCAAAUAGUUUAGAUAUCGCCAUGGAAAAGCAUCAGAAACGGGCCAAGGAUGAAAAUGGAGCUGUUUGUACAGCAGAUAUUAGAUCCUUGGAACCACUGAAUUCAAAAACUAAUGAAGUUAGUAAACAGAAGAAACCUGUUUUAGUGAGACAAGUUUGUACUACAGAGCCCCUUGAAGGUGUAAUAUUGGAACAGGAUAAUUUUUCUCAACCAGAAAUGAGUAGUGAGGCUGGUAAUUUGACAGAAGUUUUAGCAGCUGAUAAUUUGGCACCAGGACACUCUAAGAUUGUAGUUAUAGAAACUAUAAAAGAAUUGCAAGAAUUGGAAAAUAUAAAGUCAUCUGUGUCACUUAAAGUGGAAAACCCAUCUGUCCCUUCAGAAAACACUCACCUUUCCCCUUUGGAAGGUACAGACGAUCACCAAGAAAGGAAGUCUCCAGCAGGUAAAAAUCAAGGCAACAAAGUGAAUAUCCUCAAACGGGGUCAGCCAGCAGCCACCACUCUGCCAGUGCUUGAUGUGGGGGAUGCCCAGCAGCUGUCUUUCCCCAGCCUGAAGACUACUACCAGCUUUACAUGGUGUUACCUGUUAAGACAGAAGUCCUUGCAUUUGCCUCAGGGUGACCGGAAAACUUCAGCCUACACUGAUUGGAUAGUAAGCAACAGUAAUCCAAAUCCACUUGGCUUGCCUACAAAAGUUGCUCUUUCUCUUCUUAAUUCGAAACAGAAGACUGGAAAAUCACUAUAUUGUGAAGCAAUAAGUACCCAUUCCAAAUCAGAUUUACUGGUCUAUUCAAGCAAGUGGAAAAGCAACUUAAACAAGAGAGCAUUAGGUAAUCAAAAGUCCACAGUAGUUGAAUUCAACAAUAAAGAUUCCUCUGAAAUUAACAAUGAGCAAGAUAAAGAAAAUUCCUUAAUCAAAAGUGAACCAAGAAGAAUUAAAAUAUUUGAUGGAGGAUAUAAAUCAAAUGAAGAAUAUGUGUAUGUCCGAGGCAGGGGAAGAGGAAAAUACAUUUGUGAAGAAUGUGGAAUACGUUGUAAGAAACCUAGUAUGUUAAAGAAACACAUACGAACCCAUACAGAUGUCCGCCCCUAUCACUGCACAUAUUGUAACUUCUCCUUUAAGACUAAAGGAAAUCUGACAAAGCACAUGAAGUCCAAGACACAUAGCAAGAAAUGUGUGGAUUUAGGCGUCUCAGUAGGUUUAAUAGAUGAACAAGAUACAGAAGAAUCAGAUGAAAAACAAAGAUGCAUUUUUGAGAAGUCUGGAUAUGAUCUUGAAGAAUCCGAUGGCCCAGAUGAGGAUGAUAAUGAAAAUGAAGAUGAUGACGAAGACAGCCAGGCGGAAUCAAUCCUGUCAGCAGCUCCCUCUGUCACGGCCAGCCCUCAACACCUUCCCUCUAGAAGUAGCCUUCAUGACCCGGGGAGCACUGAUGAGGACAUCAGAAUUCCUGGUUGCUUUUCUGGGGUGCAUGCAGACCCAAUGGAUGUUCUGCCUAGAGCAUUGCCCACCAAGAUGACCGUGCUAAGCACAGUUCAGUCAGACUACGGUCAGAAGGUAGACUCCCCAGUGAAGAGCGGGCAGCAUCCUACAAAAAAUGAAGACAAUGAAGCAACUGCUGUAGACUCUUCGAGGUCACCUGAAGCUGCACCCAGAUCUCCAUGUCAUCAAAUGUCAGUAGACUACUCUGAGUCAGAAGAAAUUCUGAGAAGUUCUGUGGCAAGAAAGGCUAUUGCCUUAACACAGAACUCCUCAUCUGUAAAACUUCCUCCUCCUAUAACUGAACACAGUCCUCAGAAAGCAGUGGGUAUUCCUUCCAUGGUCUUGCCCCAGCCUGACUCUCAAGAACAAAAGCAGCAAAUAACUCUCCAACCAACUCCAGGACUGCCUUCUCCCCAGACUCAUUUGUUUAGCCACCUCCCUUUGCAUUCCCAGCAGCCAUCAAGGACACCUUACAAUAUGGUUCCAGUCGGGGGAAUCCAUGUGGUCCCUGCAGGCCUCACAUACUCCACCUUCGUGCCCAUUCAAGGUGGCCCAAUGCAACUUACAAUUCCUGCCGUCAAUGUAAUUCACAGAACUGUGGGCACUCCCGGAGAUACCUUCACAGACGUUUCUGGCGCUACAAAUCCCAGUGGAGUGGCUGAAUUAAGCAGUGUUGUGCCAUGUAUUCCGAUUGGCCAAAUCCGCGUACCAGACCUGCAGAACCUAAGUACACCCAGCUUGCAGUCACUUCCUUCAUUGAGCAUGGAGACCGUCAAUAUUUUAGGCCUGGCCAAUACAAAUAUUGCCCCACAGGUACACCCCCCCGGGUUGGCUGUAAAUGCUGUCGGACUGCAGGUUCUGGCUGCAAACCCCUCCUCACAAAGCAAUCCCACCCCUCAGGCACACAUUCCAGGCCUCCAGAUCUUGAACAUAGCAUUGCCUACUUUAAUCCCCUCAGUUAGCCAAGUAACUGUGGACACACAGGGAGCUACUGAAAUACCAGUUUCCCACAACAGAGCACGCGAGACGCCAGCCAAGCAGACUUCCCUAGGCAGUGCACAUCAGGGCAGCAGGACUGCGUCUCCUCAGGGGUCACCUCAAGUCCAGCGGGAAAAUGCAAAAAAUGUUCUAGACCCACCUGCGCCUUCAAGAGACCAUCUAAUGCUGGAUAGUUCAAAUAAGAUGGACACAGGGAAGCCUGCCUCAGAAAAUCACGUGAAGCCCAAGCAUGAACUCACUUCCGGGCAAAGCAAACCCAGGUCCCCAUCAGCAUCUCUGCGGAAGGCACAGCCUGAAGCUUGCCCAGAGCCAGCAGGACAGCGGACUCUCUCCCCGGACAGACAGUUGCCCAGGCCUGCAGCACUACGCCGGCGGCAGGCCACUGCGCAGUUCAGUGACGUGAGCAGUGACGAUGACGAGGACAGGCUUGUGAUAGCAACCUAGUGGUUUUUUAUUGUUUCGAGGUUUUUUUUAACACUUAGAGGUUUCUUUGAAAACCCUCCUUUCCUUAAAGCACAUUUUUCUGACAUAAACUCAUGACUAAUCUCUGUGCAAUCAUGAACUUUUGACCAAUAAUUGUUGUUUUGUGUCAGCUCCAGCCAUUUUUGUACAUGUUGUAUAGACAAUUGUGCCUUUUAGGAGUUUUAUGUUUAGAAACUGUACAGAUUGUUGAAUAUCUAUAUACAUAAGAUAUAUAUUAUAUAUGUAUAUGAAAACCAGGUAGUUAUUUGUGUUAGUAAGAAAACCUGUCAAAUAAAUCAAAUGAUUAAAUUAUAUGUUGCACUGUUAAAUAUAAAUUUUUAUGGCUGUGGGGCAGAGUUUCUGUGUAUAAAUUAGUAUGUAAACUCCAUAUUUAUUGUAUUCAUAGUAGUCUUUGAAAAUGUGUCUGUCCUUCUUGUGUGAGACGGUAACUUUACACUUCAGACAGAUUUUCUGUGUUAUGAAAUGUUUCAGUAAAAUAUUGUUUAUUGACUUUA